GGCCAGUGUGUGUCACAGACCGGGCCGGGGAUGGCGGCACGCGCGGCUGACCUGUGACCUGACCUGACCGGCCGGCAUGGCGGUGCGUCUGGGCGGCCCGCUGCCGCUGCUGCUGCUGCUGGCCGCGGCGGCCGCUGCCAGCAGCAGGGACGGCAAGGAGGACAUCCAUAUCGCCGGCUUCUUCCCUAUGACGGCCGGCGAGCUGGGCGUCAGCAGCGACGGAAACGACCCCGGCGAGCUCGGACGGGGCGUCAUGCACGCCGUGGAGCUGGCCGUCAAACACGUCAACAAGGCCAGAGACGUGCUGCCCAGCGUGCGGCUGCACGUCACCUGGAACAACACCCAGUGCAGCUCAGCUGUGGCGAUGAAGGCGUUCUUCGACAUGAUGUCGAACGGGUCGCACAAGAUGGUGCUGUUCGGGGCGGCGUGCACGCACGUCACAGAUCCGAUCGCCAAGGCGUCCAAACACUGGAAUCUGGCCCAGCUCUCCUACGCCAACACGCACCCGAUGUUCACCAAGCGCAACUUUCCAAACUUUUACCGGAUCGUGCCCAACGUGCGCUACCUGGACGUGGCUCGCGUGGAGUUUGUCAAACUGCACGGCUGGAAGAGGGUCGGCACACUCUGCCAGGAUGACCCCCGCUACACACUGGCGCACAACGGUAUGGUCAAGCUGCUCGACACAUUCCAAGUGGACGUGGUUGCCAUGGAAACGUUCGCCGGCAAGCUGACCGACCAGCUGGAGAAGCUGAAGGCCAAGGAUGUGCGCAUAGUUUUGGGCAGCUUUGACGAGAGCUGGGCGAGGCGGAUAUUCUGUGAGGCGCGCCGAGUGGGCAUGUUCGGCCGCCGCUACCAGUGGCUGCUGGUGGGACUGUACAGUGAGCGCUGGUGGGAGCGGGACCAGUUCGCCGGACCGGAGCCGGCCGACCCGGCCGAGCGCUGCUCGCCAGAGGACGUGGUGCCCGCACUCCAGGGCGCCGUGCUUACCGACGUGCUCCACCUGAGCAACAGCCGGCGCAGGGUCAUCUCCGGCAUGACUGCCAGCGAGUACAAGAAGCAAUACGACCACGUCCGCGGGAAGGACUACUCUCGGUUCCACGGGUACGCCUACGACGGCAUCUGGGCCAUCGCCUCUGCUCUGCAUCAGGUGACGUGGCGCAUCCGUCACAACCAGUCCCCGCUGCCGAGCUGGGCCAACCUCAGUGAUUUCCGCUACCAGGACGAGCGCUGGGAGACGGUGCUCAAGUCGGCCCUGAACGACAUCAGCUUCGAGGGUGUCACGGGCUCGGUGAAAUUUUCAGAAAAUGAGCGGAGAGGUUUCGUCGUCUUGAAGCAGUUUCGAGACAACCGCACGUCGUUUAUCGGCGUGCACGACCUGAACCAGCUGCGCUGGCUCACCCCGGAGGACGACGACCGGAUCGAGCCCAUCUGGUGGUUCUCUGGCAAACAGCCGCUGGACCAGACCAUCCGGCACAUCGAGAAGGCGCGCGUCAACGUGCAGCUGUACGCGGCGCUGGUGGUGGCUGCCUCACUGGGCAUCGUCAUGGCCGUCAUCUUCCUCUUCAUCAACAUCCGCUUCCGCAACCAGAGGUACAUCAAGAUGUCGUCUCCGUACCUCAACAACCUGAUAAUCAUCGGCUGCAUCCUGACGUACACGUCUGUGAUCCUGCUGGGUCUCGACUCGAGCCUCACCUCUGAGGAGUCCUUCCCCGUCGUGUGCGCCGCCAAGACCUGGGUGCUCAUGGCCGGCUUCACCCUGGCAUUCGGCUCCAUGUUCUCCAAGACGUGGCGGGUCCACUCCAUUUUCACGGACGUCAAGCUGAACAAAAAGGUCAUCAAGGACUACCAGCUGUACAUUGUGGUCGGAGUUCUGCUCUCUAUCGACAUUGCCAUAAUGACCACCUGGCAGAUCGUCGAUCCGUUCUACCGGGAGACCAAGCAACUCGGACAAUAUCCUCACCCUCAGAACGACGACGCCAUUAUCAUACCAGAGAACGAGUACUGCAAGUCGCACAAGAUGACUGUCUUUGUCGGCUGCAUAUACGCUUAUAAGGGGUUACUAAUGAUAUUUGGCUGUUUUUUGGCAUGGGAGACGCGCCAUGUGAAUAUCGCUGCUCUGAACGACUCCAAGUACAUAGGUAUGAGUGUCUACAACGUGGUAAUCAUGUGCGUCAUCGGCGUGGCCAUCUCGUUCGUCCUGUCCGACGACCAGGACGCCUCCUUCAUCAUCAUCUCCGUCUUCAUCUUGUUCUGCACCACCGGCACGCUGUGUCUAGUCUUCGUACCUAAGCUAAUUGAGCUGCAGAAGUCGAAGCGGGCGCCGCCGGGCCGGCUGCGCGCCACACUGAAGCCGCCCCGCUCGCGGGGCUACCAGUGCACGGUGAACGCCGCCGCGCUGGGCAUCAGGGAGAACAUCCGCCGAUCAGAGGACAUGGCCACCCGGCUGCGGCUCAAACUGCGCGCCCUCGAGCAGGAGCUGGACCACCUGAUGCGUCAGGUGGGGGACGAGGCUCAGGAGUACCUCAACCAGCGGAUGGCCGGAGCGCGACUCACCGUGCCGCGCCUGUCCUGUCUGGGCAUGGAAGGGCCCUCGAUGACAGAGAGCACCGAGAUAACAUCGCUCUGCUCUUACACAGAGUACGAUGUGGACGCGCCGGAGCCCAGCCUCAGGAAGCGUUCGUCGGUGCAGCACACGCUGCUGCCGUCGAUUGCCGCGUCGACGGACAACUUGGGUGAGCUGCCGUCGCCGCCGACGUCGCCGUUUGUGCCCUUCCAACGCAACUACCUGGUCGCCAACGGCCUCGAGGUGGAGCUGGGGAACAUCAUCGUCGAAAACGUCGACGAGCCGAGCUGUUACGCGGUGAAGGACGGGGAGGAGAGUCUGGCCGAGGAGCCGGCCGUCGAGCUGCUGCUCGGCCAGUCGGCGCCGGCCGUGCACAAGUUCGGCCGCAGCUCUCUGGACUGUGUCAUGCACCACGGUCUGCUGUCGGUGCCGGCCAGCGACGAGCCGCUGCUCCGCCGGCGCAGCGACCCCGGCGUGCGCCAGUACAGCCUGGCCAGCGCCAUCAACGCGCUCAACGCCAGCCUGGCCAACAUCAUCAACGCCACGUCGUACAGCACCGUCACCAACAACAGCAGCUCCAUCUCGCGCUUCAUCGAGGAGGCCGCCUUCCAGGCGCUGCACUCGUCCAGCUCCGACCCCAGCCACCUGGAGGGCGGCGACGUCGGCGACGGCGCCGACCUCGACUCGCCGCCGCCCGACGACGACUCGGACUCGGCGCGACUCGGCGAGUCGAGCGGGCCGAGCGAGCCGAGCGGCUCCAGCGCCGAGGCCACCACGCGCUCGCUGGACUCGCUGUCGGCCGAGUGCGGCGACUCGGACCUCCAGUCGGUCUCCGAGUCGGCGCCGCCGCCCCCCGGGCACGCCCUCCUCGUCAACGGAGACGUCCUCCAGAUGCUGCGCAUGCGCAACAGCCAGCUCAGCGUUAAACCGGUCGCAGAAUCAGACGGCGGUGACGCUCCUCAGCCGGACCGGUCGUCAUUCUCGGCGCGCUCCUCGGCCUCCUGUCCCCGUCUGCUGGGUGACGCGCCCCUCAGCCUGUCGGCAGCGCCGGCCGGCGGCGACGGGCCCCUGUCGGGCGCCAUCCUGCCCAUCUUUCACAAACUGGUCAGUGAGCGGCAGCGCGCGCGGCCGGCGCCUGUGCACGCGGCUGCCUCCUGUCCCAACAUCACCGUCAAGUGCGACAUCGUGCAGUACUUGUAGCGCGCCGCUGGCGCACAGACACUGGUGGCGCGGGCGUGACGCGCCGGCGACAGGUGUGACGCGCCGGCGACCGAUCUCUCUGUGGUGUAUGAGUAUUUUUACUACCAACAGACCUGAAAGGCUAUCUUGAGUGCGAUGCUAGUCUGUCCGUGACCAGUGACGUUGGAGCAGCACGUAUGUGUGCGAUGUUAUUUGUGGUGGCACGUGCCGUUGUGGCGAUGCGUUUUCGUGUGUGUGUGUGUGUGUGCGUGUGUGUGUCGCUCUGUGCGCUCUCAAAAUGAUACGCUUCCAUUCGUUCCAUAGCCGGUGGACGACCCGUGCUUGUGUGUCGGCUGGCUGCGCGCAGCUGAGUGGGUGCAGGGAGGGUGCAGGGCGGGGUGCAGGGGUGCACGGAAGGAUGCGGGUGUUGCUGUUGAUCUCAGUGCUGGUGCUGGUGCACAUGGGGUGUAAGUGCUGGAGCGGGUGCGGGUGCGAGUGCGGUAUCCCUGACUCCUGAUCUGCAUUCUGACCCCCCCCCCCCCCCCCCCCCAGGGAGUUACCAACGCCCUGCUCGCUGCUCAAAAAGUUAACGUUCCACGCCUUUUCGAACAACUGACGCGUGAUUGAUAAUAUAUUGCCUGCUAAACAGCGAAAAAAAUCAUUGGCUGACCAUCCAUCUUGGAAGCAUGUUACCUCUAUAUUUUUUAGCGAAUCAAUUAUCUCUGUUUCACAUGACUAAAACAUCUCGCAAACGAUUAGACAAGCUUGUAUUCGGAAUUCAAUACAUUAACUUUACAUCAGAAAAGAACUUAAUGUCGCGGCUGAGGCAGAGCUCUCAAAAGCUGCGUUUCCGAGGUGACAAAGCCUCCUGAAGUCGGUCGGUCGCUGCCAAAAUGAUGAGCGGCCGCGGAAAAGAGUGCUUUUCGCGUCCGUCGUUUUUAAUCUAAGUUUGGGAAGUGGAGAGAAGCUGUCGUCGGACGGCGCACCGCUAUCGUAUUUUUCCGCGCCAUCCCACUCCCUCCGAACUUGAUGACGGGCCAGUGCGCCGCCCUGGUUAUGACAAGUGACGGCUCAGGACCAGCCUCGGCUCAAACGGAGCAGGCGGCGGGGAAAUACGGACGAUUAAAUGCUCAAUCAACAGUAUAUUUUUGCAUUUUCACUCAAGCAAUCAACUGUCCGCGUUGCAUUAAAGUUCAAACUUACCUAAUUAAUAUAACAAUAAUGGCAUUAAUGUUUCACAGUUGGUGAAUCUGUUUUUGACUCGCACGGGUUCGGUAGAUGCCACGAUGGAGCUUGCCGCCCUUCCUUAGACGACCAAAGAGACGGGCGGAGGCCCCCAUUCCAGCUCCAGUCGGUCUGAAUAGUGACUGGUUAUCUUCCGAGUCACUAGCCAGUCGACCGAAAGGAAGCGCCGACCGGAAACGAUUGAUAGUCGACGGAAUUCGCCCAAAACAUGGCGUAUGCGACGCGGAGGAUGCAGUCAGUGCCAUGUGGGGUGGGUGAUUGAACGAUGACCUGGUCAGGUCAGAUCAGGGGUCGGUGGAGCCUGGGGUCAGGUCAGACCAGGGGUCGAUGCAGAGCAGAGGUCAGGUCAGGGGUCAGGUCAGACCAGGGAGCGGGACAGAGUAGAGGUCAGGUCAGGGGUCAGGUCAGACCAGGGGUCGAUGCAGAGCAGAGGUGAGGUCAGGGGUCAGGUCAGACCAGGGAGCGGUACAGAGCAGAGGUCAGGUCAGGGGUCAGGUCAGACCAGGGGUCGAUGCAGAGCGGAGGUCAGGUCAGGGGUCAGGUCAGACCAGGGAGCGGGACAGAGCAGAGGUCAGGUCAGAGGUCAGGUCAGACCAGGGGUCAGCGGGGACCGCACCAGCUGUGACCGGAGAGGCGCUGUGUGGGCCGCUCAGUGUCGGUUGUGUUCCUGUGUCCGGUGACCUGUGCCGCGGUCACAGGCCGGUCGCUGGGUGUCUGUGUAUGUGUGAGAGCUGUGUAUGACCCGAUGUCGGUGACCGGGACGUUGUUACGCGGUGUGCGGGACCAGCCGCAGUCUGCCCGCGGUCAGAGGUGUCACAGUAGCCCUGCGGCGGCGCUGGGCCGUCACCCGGCCGGCCGGGCGGCGCCGUCUCAGGUUUCAGGUCAGAUGGGCGGCCCGCCCCGACUCAGAGGGCGGCUCGCCUUUCCACCGACGCCGGCGCCGGCUCGCGGCGUUUGUCAUACUUUUGUACAGGGCCGGCGGGCGGCCCGCAGCCGGCGGCGUCACCGGUCGUCUGAGGGCCAGAGCCCCGCCCUCGUCGACACGAGCGCUGCUGCACGUGCGCCGCCCGCCGGCCCCGCCUGCUGCUGACCCAUCCCCCCCCGCGCCCGCCUCUCCUCUCCCGCCCGCCCAACCGCCCGCCCGCCUAAAUUGUGAUCCUACGAGCUGUCAUGUGUCAUCAAUACAAUACGGACCAUGUGA